AUGGGGAAGAAAACCCUGAUGACCGCAACAAAAACCAACGAAGGAGUCUUCCCAGUCUUGACUGUAAAAGUUAAUGGGAUCACGUGUAGAGCGUUAGUUGAUUCUGGAGCAAGCAGCUCAUAUGCAUCUGCAAAGUUGGUAAGUGUCCUUGGCAUAAAACCUGCUGACAUAACAACCAAACAAGUGGACAUGCUCCUGAGUAGUAGUGUAGAACGUCUGGAGACCUAUGCAACUAAAGUGGAGUCCCUCGAUGGAGAGUUUGGUAUGGAAGUAGAUGUAAUAAAAGUGGAAAAAAGUGAACUUUUAUCAGUGAAAAACCCCCAAUACAGCCAUAUUAUUUCCAAAUACUCACACUUAAAAGGGGUUGAUAUCCAAGACGGUGACACGAAGGCUCAGCUUCCAGUACAUGUCGUUCUUGGGGGAGGGGAGUAUGCCAGAAUAAAAACAAAGAAUCGUCCCCGAAUAGGUAAAGAUGGCGAACCUAUCGCGGAGUUGACCAAGCUGGGAUGGUUCGUGAUGUCCCCUGGAAAAGAAUUUGAUCACAAUCAUAUGUUACUAACACAAACCACUCAAAAGGAUUAUGAGAAGUUGUGCCGGUUGGAUGUUUUAGGACUUGCCGACACCUCAGAACACAAUCAAACCUCAGUGUAUGGAGAGUUUAAGGAACAAUUGGUCAGGAGUUCAGAAGGUUGGUACGAGUCUGGUCUACUGUGGCGAGGUAACCAUCCUCCCUUACCAUCCUACAAAGGAGGAAGUUUGCGACUCCUCAACAGUCUUGUAAAGAGAUUAGACAGGGAAGGAAUGGCCAGUGAGUAUAACUGGAUUAUUGAGGAACAAGUCAGCAAAGGGGUAGUUGAACUUGUAACCCAGCCCCCAGUGGGUAGGGAGUUCUACUUACCUCAUAAACCCGUGAUAAGUGAAGCUGCACAAACAACGAAAAUCCGUGUAGUUUACGAUGCAUCCGCUCGAGCGACUCCAAGUGCUCCAUCCUUGAAUGAUUGCCUCUACCCAGGCCCGCCGUUACAGAAUAAGCUUUGGAGCGUAUUGGUUCAUCAUCGCUCGUUUCCAGUUGUACUUUGUGGAGAUAUAGAAAAGGCAUUCCUCCAGAUCCGAAUAAGAGAACAAGAAAGAGAUGCCUUACGGUUUCACUGGAAGAGUGACAGUCAACCUGAACCCUUGACAUAUAGAUUCACAAGAGUCGUCUUUGGCCUAACUUGCUCUCCAUUUCUGCUUGGGGGAGUGUUAGAGCAUCACCUAGAAACUUGGAAACAAAGAUGCCAGAUAUCGUUUAGGAACUGA